CUCCUAAAGUGGGAUUGAAUGACCAUGAGCAGCAAAUAGUCCGACCAUCGAGGGCCUCCACUUCCAAACCAUAUUUCGGUUCCGCAUUCUUAUAUAUGCAUUCUCAAAAGAAAUUCAAGUCCCCUCAACAUUUCGUGAAGUCUUUCAAACCAAAGAUUCGAUGGAUGUCCCCACUCCAAGACAACCGGCGGCUGGCUCUGCAGACCCCCUACCUCGGGAUCCUGCCGACGAUGUCAACUUUCCAGUCCCUGGAUGGCCUUCGCUUGCCAACCUGAUCUCCGAAAAUCGAGCAUUGGAAGCAUUCCCAUCGUUUGCGGAUCUAAGCAUCAAGUCGUUGCUUUAUUACCAAGCAGAGCUCGUUUAUCUACGGAAGGCUCUACACAAAAUCGAAUACAGGGGCUACUAUUACCCUUCCAACAGUGGGGACCCUUCUCAUUUCUUUGCAGGCAACAUAAGCGAGUUGCAUAGAGUUAGGCACCAGGCAAUACUAGCCAACAGAGAUUGCUCUGAACAGUGGAUCCUCAUUGAGAAGAUCCGCGCUACUCUCGACAAAUACAACAAUGCACUUCUACAAUUCUCAACUGGGUUGGACUUCCCGCACACCGACAGCUUGAAUGUUAAUGUUCUGAAACACUGUGUCCGAAGCAUCUCCAACAGCUCUUCCAUCGUUGGGGACGGCGCCUCCACCUGGGGGAGUACAUUCCCAACAGCGGAAAGAGAGAAAUCCCUGUUAUCGCUCUUCUUCGGUCUCUUCGUCUCUCCGGACCUCGGACGCGAGCAUGUGCCUAACGAAUUCCGAGAGCAGCUCAUUCUCCCUCGCCCGGGAAAAACACACCUGACAGACUGAUACUAUGGAUUGCCCACAGCUUCAUGCCUUUCUACCACAGUCUCCUUACCGGUCCACGGGAAUUCCUAGCUCGGUUUUUUCGAGGCUCUGUUUCACUCUGGCAUCGACAACGAGGAAGUGCCGGCUUUUCAGAGAGCAUCCUGACACCCUCUUCCGCGAUUCCGCGAAUCACAUUAUUCGCGUGGCAUCUAUAACCAUCACUUUUGUAGCAUGUCUGCUCCCCACCAUCGCCAUUAUCGCUCUUUUCAAGAUUAAUUCGAGGGAUUUGGUGCUUGGACUGAUUACGGCGUUCACUGCUCUCUUUGCACUCGGUCUCAUACUUUUCUCAACUUCCAGCUCAAGACAGGAGAUCUUUCUGGCAACUAUUGGUUUCUCUGCGGUUGUGGUUGUCUUUGUUCAAAGGCAGGUU